GCCCAGAGAGGAUGUCUCUGUCAAGAAGGAGAAGAAGGAACGGGAUCGGGAUCGGCAGCGGGACGGGCAGGGCCGGGGCAGGGGAAGGCCCGACACCCUGGGGCUGCCCCCCCUGCCUGAGGGGUUCCUGGAUGACCCAGGGCUGAGGAACGACAUCCGGAACAAGCCAGUGCAGCUGCCCCUGGCCCACUCUGGGUGGCUCUUCAAGGAGGAGGGGACAGAGCAGGAGGACCCUGAGCCCUGGCUGCCUGGGCCCAAGGAGGAGAAGAUGGAGCUGGACCCCCCAGUGCUGAAAGUGAAGGAAGAGCUGAGUGCUGAAGACCCCCUCCCCAAGGUGGCAGAAAGCAAAGGCCCCCCCAGCUUCCCCAGGGAGGUGUCAGUGGCUGAGCUGCUGCAGAGGCUGGGGGCGGCGCUCCGCGGGUCCUGCCAGGAGGAGCUGCUGUUCCUGCAGCUCCCAGACACCCUGCCUGGCCAGGCCCCCACCCGGGACACCAAACCCUGCAGGGGGGAGCUGCAGAGUGAGGAAGGGCAGGUGGUGCUGGUCAAACAGGAGAAGAGCCAGGAGCUGGUGUCUGUUGGCAUCGGGGACAACAGGACAGGAGAGAUGAUUGUCCUGGGCCACGUGAAGCACAAGCUGGUGUGUUCCCCAGACUUUGAGGCUCUCCUGGAGCAUCGGCACCGGUAG